UCCGUGCCGUAAAAACAGUCGCGGAGCCGCCCCCAGCCGAGGCAGCGGCAGACGAGCAGGGCAAUGGCGGAUAUGGAGGACCUCUUUGGGAGCGACGCCGACAGCGAUGCUGAGCGUAAAGAUUCUGAUUCUGGAUCAGACUCGGAUUCUGAUCAAGAGAAUGCUGCUUCUGGCAGUAAUGCCUCUGCAAGUGAAAGCGAUCAAGAUGAAGGGGGUGAAUCAGGAAAACCAAGUAAUAAGGAACUGUUUGGAGAUGACAGUGAGGAUGAGGGAGCUUCACAUCACAGUGGGAGUGAUAAUCACUCUGAAAGAUCAGACAAUAGGUCAGAAGCUUCUGAGCGUUCUGACCACGAAGACAAUGAGCCCUCAGAUGUAGAUCAGCACAGUGGAUCAGAAGCCCAUAAUGAUGAUGAAGAUGAAGGUCAGAGGUCAGAUGGAGGGAGCCAUCACUCAGAAGCAGAAGGUUCUGAAAAAGCACACUCAGAUGAUGAAAAAUGGGACAGAGAAGACAAAAGCGACCAGUCAGAUGAUGAAAAGAUGCAAAAUUCUGAUGAUGAGGAGAGGGCACAAGGAUCUGAUGACGAUAAACUGCAGAAUUCUGAUGAUGAUGAGAAAAUGCAGAAUACAGAUGAUGAGGAUAGGCCUCAGCUUUCAGAUGAUGAGAGACAACUGUCUGAGGAGGAGAAGGCUAAUUCUGAGGACGAACAACCAGCAGUUUCUGAUAAUGAGGAUGAGAAACAGAAUUCUGAUGAUGAAGAACGGCCACAGAUGUCUGAUGAGGAGAAACUGCAAAAUUCUGAUGAUGAAAGGCCACAGGCCUCAGAUGAAGAACACAGGCAUUCAGAUGAUGACGAGGAACAGGAUCGUAAAUCAGAAUCGGCAAGAGGCAGUGAUAGUGAAGAUGAAGUUUUACGAAUGAAACGCAAGAAUGCAAUUGCCUCUGAUUCAGAAGCAGAUAGUGACACUGAGGUACCAAAAGAUAGCAGUGGAGCCAUGGAUCUGUUUGGAGGUGCAGAUGAUAUAUCAUCAGGGAGUGAUGGAGAAGAUAAACCACCUACUCCAGGGCAGCCUGUUGAUGAAAAUGGAUUGCCCCAGGAUCAACAGGAGGAGGAGCCAAUUCCUGAGACCAGAAUAGAAGUAGAAAUACCCAAAGUAAACACUGAUUUAGGAAACGACUUAUAUUUUGUUAAGCUGCCCAACUUUCUCAGUGUAGAGCCCAGACCUUUUGACCCUCAAUAUUAUGAAGAUGAAUUUGAAGAUGAGGAAAUGCUGGAUGAAGAAGGUCGAACCAGGUUAAAAUUAAAGGUAGAAAAUACAAUAAGAUGGAGGAUACGCCGGGAUGAGGAAGGAAAUGAAAUCAAAGAAAGCAACGCUCGGAUCGUCAAGUGGUCAGAUGGGAGCAUGUCUCUGCAUUUAGGCAAUGAAGUAUUUGAUGUUUACAAAGCUCCACUACAGGGAGAUCACAACCAUCUUUUUAUAAGACAAGGUACUGGUCUACAGGGACAAGCCGUUUUUAAAACCAAACUCACAUUCAGACCUCACUCUACAGACAGUGCCACACACAGAAAGAUGACCCUGUCACUUGCGGAUAGAUGCUCAAAGACACAGAAGAUUAGAAUCUUACCGAUGGCUGGUCGUGAUCCUGAAUGUCAGCGCACAGAGAUGAUUAAGAAAGAAGAAGAACGUUUGAGGGCUUCUAUUCGUCGGGAAUCUCAGCAGCGCCGAAUGAGAGAGAAACAGCACCAGCGGGGGCUGAGUGCUAGUUACUUAGAACCUGAUCGCUAUGAUGAGGAGGAGGAAGGCGAGGAGUCCAUCAGCUUGGCUGCCAUUAAAAACCGAUAUAAAGGGGGCAUUCGAGAGGAACGAGCCAGAAUCUAUUCGUCAGACAGUGAUGAGGGAUCAGAAGAAGAUAAGGCUCAAAGAUUACUCAAAGCCAAGAAACUGACCAGUGAUGAGGAAGGGGAACCUUCUGGAAAGAGAAAAGCAGAAGAUGAUGAUAAAGCGAGUAAAAAGCAUAAGAAGUAUGUGAUCAGUGAUGAAGAGGAAGAAGAUGAUGAUUGAAGCACAAUGUGAAAACAUUUUAUGUAUUUUUGUACAGUUUAUUAAAUAUGUAAACAUGAGUUAUUUUGAUUGAAAUGAAUUGAUUUGCUUUUGUGUAAUUUUAAUUGUAAUAAAAAUUUUUUUAAAGCAAGUCUCUUUUCAGGAAAUCUACUUUAUCUAAAGCAAGUUGAUUUUGUUUAAACUUCACAGGAAGUCUUAAGUUUUAGUGAAUUCCUGCUGCUCUCCCCCUCCCCUACCCCCUACAAAGAAGCCUCCUAGUCAGGGUCAGGUGAGGCAAGUGAGGCAUUCCUCUGGAGUUCUGAGUUUAAGGGCCCAGAAAGAGCUUCUUGUGCUUGUUUCAGUUUGUUAGGGCUGCUAUAACUCUGUACCACAAACUGGGUAGCUUAAAACCACAGAAAUAUUCUCUUACAGUUCUGGAGCCUAGAAAUCCUAAAUCAAAGUAUUGGCAGGGUCACUCUCCCUCUGAAAGCUCUCGGGAAGAAUCCUGCCUUGCUGUGUGUUCGAGCUUCUGGGGCCUCCUGGCAGUCCUUGGCUUUUGGCAGCAGAACUCUGUUCUUUCCUUGGCCUUUACAUGGCUUAUUUCCCUUUGUUUGAUCUGUGUCUCUGUAUGUCUCCAGGUCUUCCUCUUCUUAUAUAAGGACACCAAGCAGUGUGUUUAGGACCAACCCUAUCCAGUAGACUUCUUAAUUAUAUCUGGAAAGACCCUACUGCUAAGUAAAGUCACAUUCUGAAGUUCUGGGUAGAUAUGAACCUUGUGUGGGAGGGUCUCUAUUCAGCCCAUUAUAGUAAUCAAGAUAAAUGAUACCAUGAUAUAUGACGUUUAAAAAAAAGGAACUAAUGCAAAAAUCCAUAAUGAUUAAAAUGUCAGAAUUUUAUGUAAACAGGACCUGAUGGCUGAAAUUAGGGUAAAACAAGUGAGGACAAUUGUGCAAGUACAGAGCUGGAUGGAUCCAUGCUUUUCUUAAAAAUUUGAUAAUGUAUUCCUGGGUCUUUCACAAGAGGCUUUAAAAAACAUUGUAUUGGGGCUCCUCAGUGGCUCAGUC